CAAAAUUUGUUACAGAUAACCUCAUGAAUCACCGGCCAGCAGAAUUCACAGCAAAGCGAUGAUCAAUGAAAGAUGAACGGAGAUGAAUCGAACAUUACACAGACGCUAACGAAUUUAUUCGAAGAGAUGCUUCUAGAGACUGAAAUGUCUGGAGAGAAUAGAAGCAACGUGGACUUUACACAGUUCCUAUCAGCUUUGCGGGAACAAAAUACAAAGAAUAAUACUCAUGAGCCUUUGGACUUCGGUGCUUUAGUGAAACUUGUUGACGGGUUGAGGAAUAAAUUGAAUUUGACGCGGCCUACUGAACCUCCUUGUACUUACUGUGAAGGGAACUUUAGGGACGUGAUCCUUGCUUACAACGGCAUUCAUGGAUACCUCAGCUUAAUAGUAUGUUUCUUCGGCAGCCUAGCCAAUGCUCUGAACGUGGCGGUGUUGACACGACGCGACCUGGCAGCGGCACCCAUCAACCGGCUGCUGAAGUGGCUCGCAGUGGCUGACGUCUUCGUCAUGUUGGAGUACGUGCCCUUCGCGAUAUAUCGAUAUCUGAUUUUACCGGGGCAGCGCGAAAUGCCUUACAAAUGGGCCGCCUAUCUACUGUUCCACAUGCACUUCGCCCAAAUAUUCCACACGGCAUCUAUCUUUCUCACUCUAUCCCUGGCUGUUUGGAGAUACGUCGCUAUCAAAUAUUCGGAUAAAAACCACAUAUUGUGUACGGAGAGGCGUUGCAGUACAGCUAUACUGAGUAGUUUUUUAUUACCGCCUAUAUUGUGCAUACCCACUUAUAUGGUAUUCGACAUUCACACAGCCAUCGUACUGGAACCGUCCGGACCAAUGAUACUCUACCACGUUGACUCGGACGAAGAAGGACAACUCUACCAGAUCAACUUCUGGGUCCACGCAGUCGUCAUCAAGCUCCUCCCUUGCUGUAUCCUCACCGUCAUCAGCCUAUGGCUAAUAAGAGAAGUGUACAGCGCAAACCAGCACCAGAAAAAAAUAAGAGUUUACAACAAGUGCCCCACAAAUAAUAAGGCUAUGAAAAGACAGUAUAAAGCUGAUAGGAGAACGAAUAGAACAACAAAAAUGCUUGUAGCCGUUCUUCUUUUGUUUCUAGUCACGGAGCUCCCUCAAGGAAUACUUGGCCUUUUAAGUGGGCUUCUAGGAAGAUGUUUCUUUAAGCGUUGCUACGACUUGUUUGGAGAGUUAAUGGACGCAUUAGCACUACUGAAUGGAGCCAUUAACUUUGUGCUGUACUGCUCGAUGUCGAGGCAGUUUCGCAUGACGUUCGGACAGAUGAUGUGGCGAGCGCACUUACACCGCUGGCCUCCACCGAAUGCGUCGCAAUCUGACGGACCGAAUACGGCAAAGUCGUCGGUGCCUUGAGGAAGGUUUGUACAAGAGAAACAUGGUCAUGUCAUGCAGCAGUUUCUUUGAACAAUAAGUGUCAGCAUACGGCCAUAAUUAUUACGUUACGAAUUUUCAUAGUAAGGUCAGCAACAGAAGUCUUUUAACACAAACAGUUUUCCACAACAACUGUACAUGAUCAAAUUAAAUGAUUUGCCGUUGUGCUAUUUUUUGUGUCUUUUGUUUCUUUAAAAGUAAACGACUUCUGCGGUUAGAAAUGUAAUCUUUGCGUUGCUUGUUGUUUCACAAACAUUCACCAGCCACAUUCUCUCAAGAAUCAGAACAAGCAUUCGUAGAUUCAUAAACACUUGUCGUGUAAUGUCGUGGAAUGUCGGACACAGUGUCUUUGGCGUGCUGAUCUAUUAAACCACUCGGCUACCUGUACAGACAAUUUACUUGAUUCCUAAAACAGUUAAACAUAAUAAAUAACAAUUGCGACAUAUCACUGAAAAAUACAAGAGCUUUAAUAAUCUGAUUGUGUUAACAGAAUUCUCUUGAUGACCGUACCCACCUAAUUAAGAGUUGAUAAUACCUACCUAUGUAUAAUUUAAAUUGAAAAUAGAGAAAGCUAUGAUAUUUUUAAAUGUCGUUGUUUACUCGAAUAUAUUCCCUUAAGCUCUGUAAUGAAAUAUCAGCAAAAAUCGUAUUUUUGCUUAUAAGUAUGUGUGUAUAAUAUUAUGAUUAUGCAUUUGAUGUAAGUAUAAGCUUGUUUGUACAAGAGAUUAUGCACACCUAGACCUGAAUUCAGAAACAAUACUACUUAGUGAAGUUCUGAAUUGUUUUCGUCUCUACACUUUACUUCACAGAGACUGAGAGCAUGAGUCCUUAUAAAGACUUUUGGCUGAUGGUCAUUUGUUUGUUAUAAGCCCGCUUAUUUCCAAUAAUGAGUAAUUUAUUUUACAACUUCAUUGGAGUUUUAUGACAGUUACUGUCAUUAAACCACUGUAGUUCCUUGAAUACAUAAAUAGCUAAUUUUUUAUGCCAGGUUAAUGUAUAAUAUUGGAAAGGUGUUUUUUUAUUUAGCCCCGCAAACAUAAAUUGAUUAAGAGAAUGGAAAUCACUCACUGUCUUAAUAUUUUAAGCAGUUUCUCUGUGGGUUGUUUCUGGGGAUUACACAAGCGCUUGUCCUACGCGGGUAUCGAAAGUGCGACACGUGAUGAUUCUACGGAUGCUUGUUUUCAGUAUAGCUGGUGUCCUGUGUAUGUGACUUGAAUGUUUGUGAAAUUACAAGCGAUAUAAGGAUUAAAUUCAAUAGUGUGAAAGUCGUUAUAUCUAAUAAAAAAUAUCGCGUCUUGUACAAACAAGCUUAUUAUGUAACCGUUCCGUCUGAAUUAUUCUUUUGUAAUUUUCUCAUAAUAUAGAAUGUGUAUAUUCAAUUACAAGUAUCUAAGUCAUAGAGAUAAUAAUAUUAAUUAAGGUUAUGAUAAGAGCUUUGUGUACUGUAAAUAUAUGGCAAAUAUAAGUGUAAAUUAAUUAAUAUUGUGAGCAUAUUAUUGUGCUUAGCUUUUGUGGUGGUUUUUUUUUUGGUCUGAAGUUCGAUGCCCGGUUGAAAAUAAGUGAAAAGAAAAAGGUUAUUAUUUCGAAAAAUAAAAUGUCGAUUACACGUUCCGUGUAUAUAUAUAUCUGCUGCCUAUCUUCAAUGCUUUUAUUGAGCAGUAAUGAAAAAAAAACAAA